UUUUUUUUCUAAUAAAUAAAAGAUGUUUCUUUUUCUUUUCAAUUUUCUAUAUAAAAGAUGGUGCUUGUUAAAGCGGAUUAUAAGAGGCUUUCUAAGACUACCAAGAUUUGGUAUUUUCCUUUCUUUUUUUCUUUUUCUUUUGGAAAGAAGAGAACCAUCUGUGGGACCCAACCGGAUGGUCUUUUGUAAUUUGCACCACAUAUGAGACAUUUUCAAUGGACGCCAACAACAACAUAUAUUGGAUACCUUGGCACUUGGUUUUAUAUCUUACCACAACGAAAUAUGGCAUUUCAAGGUAUGACACCUACCCAUGGUGAACAACCAAACAGGGCAAUUCAAGGUAUGUCCCUGUUUCAAGGUGACCAACCUAACAUGGCAUUUCAAGGUACGAUCCCUCCCCAAGGUAACUUACCAAACAUGGCAUUUCAAGGUAUGAUCCCUCCCCAUGGUAACUUACCAAACAUGGCAUUUCAGGGUAUGGCACCCCCACAAGGUGACCAACCAAACAUGGCAUUUCAAGGCAUGGGACCUCCUCAUGGUGGCCAGCCAAACAUGGCAUUUCAAGGUAUGGUACCCCCCCAAGGUGGCCAACUAAACAUGGCAUUUCCACCGGGGGCGCCUGCCUAUGGUGGCCAACCAAUGGCGGAGAUGCCUGAAGAAGACCUUAGGAAAACCCCGAAGGAAAUGUUCCGGUUUGCCAUGAACAAUCAGUGGGAAGAAGUGGUGAACAUUUACAAAGAAAAACCAUACACCCAAUCUGCCAAGAUCACCAGUUCAGAAGACACAAUAUUACACAUAGCAGUGACCACAGAUAAGAUGCAUGCAGUAGAGAAGCUCGUGAAGGCGGUGACCAACAUGAGAAUCCUAGAGCUGGUGAAUGACAGGGGCAACACUGCACUUCACUUAGCAGCGGCCAUGGGGAAUGUGGGGAUGUGCAUAUGCAUGGCAGAUAGGCACUCUCCACUGGUCGCAAAACGCAACAAAGAUGGUGAGACCCCACUCUUCUUGGCUGCUUUGCAUGGCAAAAAGAAUGCCUUCAUCUAUCUCCAUUCCAAAUGCCCCCCAACACAUGGCACUGAUUACUGGAGAAGGAAUGAUGGUAACAACAUUCUUCAUGUGGCCAUUUCAGGGGAAUACUUUGAUUUGGCCUACCAAAUAAUUAAAAAGUACAAAACGACCGAGUACCCAGCUUUGGAUCUUGUCAACUUUGUGAAUGAAAGAGGACAGUCAGCUCUGCAUCUUCUAGCAAGCAAUCCUUCUGCCUUCAAAAGUGGAAGUCACCUCGGACGACUUGAGUGCCUCAUCUACCAUUGUAUUGUGGUCAAGCGGCUCGAAGAGACGCCUCUUCACCGCGUCUUUGAUGAUGAAUCUCAAAGAAAACACAUUGUCAAAAUGCCAGAGAAUUAUACAACAUGCAUGCAAUUCUAUUUGCUGCUGCGAAGGCUGGUUCAUUUCUCAUUAGGAGUUCCCAAAUGGGCGCAGCGAUGUCCCCCAAACCAAAGAGACAGAGAGAACCCAGAUGAUGCGAGAUCUGGACCAACAGGUGGUGGUGGUAGCAGUAGUGGUAGCAAAAGCAGAAACAAUCAAAGUGAAGGAAGAAGUCGCAACAACCAUGAACACCCAUUUCCACCUAAUUAUGUCACGUGCUAUGAUUUCUUUGAGCUUGCACUGGUGGUCCUACAAGUUCUUGGAUUAGGGUUUAUAAGAACAUACAAAAUUAAAGAGAAGAAGCAAAAACAUACAUGGGCAGUUCAAAUCAUGGAAGAACUUGUUUCCCAAGCUUCCUCGUGGGAGUACAAUGCAACUGGUAGUAAGCCCCAAGAUAGCGGAUUGGGCUUGUCGAUGGCAGGCAUUUUUGAUGGGAUAGAAGCGGCUCCUUUCGGAAAUGAGUUGUUUGAGGGAAAUGAUAAAAAAGAGGAAAAAGGAGAAAAGAUGGGAGAAAUUCUACAGAAAAUUCUGAACAUCUUCCCAACAACAGAUGACGAACUAAGACGUUAUGGCAAGAAUACAGUGGUCAUGAAAAUGGAGGAUACACAACCACACAUGUACAAGCUUAUAAUGGAAAUGAUGAAGGAGAAUGAAGAUGAUGGAGGGAAGGAGACUCCAAUCUUAGUGGCGGCAAAGAAGGGAGUGAAGGAGAUGGUAGAGGAAAUACUAGAAAAAUUCCCUGUGGCAGUUCGAGACGAAGAUAAGGAUGGUAAGAACACAGUGCUCUUGGCAGUGGAGAAUAGGCAGCCCCAUGUGUACAAGUUCUUGGUGCAGAAAUAUGCUUCGUAUGAGAGUAUCUUUCAGAAAAUGGAUAAUGAAGGGAACAGUGCCUUACACCUAGCAGCAAUGCUAGGUCAGAAUAAGCCCUGGCUCAUCCCUGGUGCAGCUCUACAAAUGCAGUGGGAGAUAAAGUGGUACAAGUUUGUGAAGGAAUCUAUGCCCCGCCAUUUCUUUACACGCCUCAAUAACAAAGGCCAGACAUCCAAGGAGGUGUUUACCGAAACGCACAAAGAAUUGGUUAAAGAUGGUGGUGCAUGGCUAACCAACACAUCCCAAUCAUGCUCAGUCGUCGCGGCGCUUAUUGCAACGGUUGCUUUUGCCACUGCCACGGCAGUUCCAGGAGGCAUUAAUGAAUCAACAGGAACCCCAACACUUGAAGGCAGGCCAGCAUUUGAGGUCUUUGCCAUCACAUCACUUAUCGCACUAUGCUCCUCUGUAACAUCCCUAACCAUGUUCCUUGCCAUCCUUACUUCUCGCUACCAAGAAGCCGAUUUUCGUAGAAACCUACCAGCGAAGUUGAUUCUAGGCCUAACUUCUCUCUUUGUCUCAAUUGCUUCCAUUUUGGUUUCCUUUUGUGCUGGCCAUUUCUUUGUCCUCAAAGAUCGACUAAAGUAUGCAGCCUUUCCUGUAUAUGGGAUCACAUGCUUACCUGUAACGUUUUUCGCAGCAGCACAGUUUCCACUCUACUUGGAUCUUAUAAGAUCUUUUCUAACAUCAGUACCACGGCGGACCUACGAGGUGACUUCUCUCUAAUGUGUUGUUAUCAUCUCUUCUUUGCUGAUGAGUUUUCUUUAUGUUCACUUCUCUUGAUUGAGUAUUGUAUUAAGUGGACUAUGCUUGGAUUUGCUUUGCCGAUGAGUUUCAUUUAUGUACACUUUUCUUGAUGUGUUGUAUUUAAUGGAUUAUUUCCUUCGACUUGUUUCACUAAAUUCUCUUGGGGGAUUUGCUUCGCCAA